UCAGAGGCGGUCCGGUUGUCUCAUUCUCUCGCAGCCAGUCUGAGCGGAUAACGAAAGCGAACGGAGAAACAGAUCGAAUAGAACGGCCGAGCAACACACGGCAUAUAGCCUACUUCAACACACGGGAUAUAGCCUACUUCAGGGGUUGAUAUAGAAGAUUGUUUGCAUCGACCGUCCAACUAUUUGGAAGAGCCAGGAUGUCCAGUGAGGUGCAGCCCAGCUCAAGGCCGGACGACAGUCCCAACACCAGUGGGGGAAGCUGGGACGUGGAGCAGAGAGAGGUGGCCCCUCCGGUUCAGGAGCAGGGUCAGGAGAGGGAUCAGACAACGCCCAAGAAGAAAGAGGCCAAGAUAUCUAGCAAGACUGCUGCCAAGCUCUCCACCAGCGCCAAGAGGAUUCAGAAGGAGCUCGCUGAGAUAACCUUGGACCCGCCACCUAACUGCAGUGCUGGUCCGAAAGGAGACAACAUCUAUGAGUGGAGAUCCACCAUCCUGGGGCCACCAGGCUCUGUGUACGAGGGAGGGGUCUUCUUCCUAGAUAUCGCCUUUACACCAGACUACCCCUUCAAACCACCCAAGGUUACGUUCCGUACCAGGAUCUACCACUGUAACAUCAACAGUCAGGGUGUGAUCUGUCUGGACAUCCUGAAGGACAACUGGAGCCCCGCCCUCACCAUCUCCAAGGUGCUGCUGUCCAUCUGCUCCCUGCUCACUGACUGCAACCCUGCUGACCCUCUGGUAGGAAGCAUCGCCACCCAGUACACAACCAACAGACCAGAGCACGACAGGAUAGCCAAACAGUGGACCAAGAGAUACGCCACAUAGUCUGACAGCAAGGACCUCCACUGUCCCCCUCCCAGACCCACCGCCCAAAAUCUGUGGAGCACACCGACCCCUCACCCCUCCGCCCCUAGCCUGGCCCCAGAUCUGGUUGUGUUGUAUAGCCAACUCCUAUAGUCAUCGCAUGCCAAACAAUGAAUUAUUGGUGUGUUUGGUAUGACAAUGAUGAAUUACAUUGACAUUUAAGUCAUUUAGCAGACGCUCUUAUCCAGAGCGACUUACAGUUAGACCAAUAGUAUUUGGCUAUACAGCACAAACAGAUUUGGGACCAAGCUACUUGCCCCCCCACUCUGAGCCCCAAAUCUGUGGAAGCA